AUGGUCUACCAAGGCAAGCCUUCGAGGGGCUGUCAGAUGUGCCGUACUCGUCGCAUCAAGUGUGACGAGACAAAACCCACAUGCAACCAGUGUGCCAAGUCUCGCCGGCAAUGCCCCGGAUACAGAGAUGAGUUCGACCUGGUGUUUCGUAACGAGACCCAGGCGACGGAGAAGAGAGCGCAGCGGGCAACAAAAAAGGCCUUGGCGCAACGGAUGACCAAAUUCGCCCCCAGUUCUACGCCUGAGCCAAUUUUUUCAAACGGAGAAGAUUCAUCCGCUAACUCCUCCUUUGUGACAUCUCAACACUUGUCAAUGGCUCAAUAUGGCCGCAAGAAUCAGCAGACCCCCUGGACCGGCCUUUACUCCCUACUGCAGAAGCCGCAGAUGGACUUGGACGGCCAGGCGACUUGCCACUUCCUCUCCAAUUACGUCCUCAUUCCCCGGCAAGGCAACGGACGCGGGUUCCACGAGUAUGUAGUGCCAUUGCUGAGGGCAGAAGAGGUGGCCCCUCAUUUCAAGGCCGCGUUCGACGCCUGCGCGAUGGCUAGCUUCGCCAAUACCCGGGGAGACCAGCUUCUAGUUGAACGAGCCCUACGUAUUCAUUCAAAGGCGUUGGGGGCUAUAAACAUAGCCUUGAACAACCCAGACAUCAUCAAGCAGGAUUCCACACUGGCAUCAAUCCUCUUGCUAGGGCUUUUCGAAAACAUAACAACCAGAAAUCUUGGCAUGCUGGCUUGGGGACCUCACAUCCGUGCCGCGAUCCAGCUUGUCAGGAAACGGGGCCGCAAGCAACUGCGGACCAAAAUCGGCGUCGCCUUGUUCAUUGCAGUGCGAACCCAGAUGAUUGUCCACACGCUCAGUACUGCCAAACCACCUCUAAUGCAGGCGGAGUGGUGGCUUAAUUCAGAUUCUGUCCGGGAUACGUAUGCUUCUCAGUGUCAGAGACUCGGCAUCCGCACCGGAGAAAUCAGGGCAGAGGUAAACCGACUCAUGAGCCAGCUCCCUCGAAACAUGCAAAGCGUUGAAGCUAUGAAAGACUUGAUUAGACAAGCUCGGGAGGUGGACUUUGAGUGCGUCCGAUGGGCGGAGACGCUUCCAGACCAUUUUAGAUACCGGACAAUCCUCUGGCAAGAUGAAAUUCCCGAUGCCGACUACAGUCAGCUGGAAGUGUUCCCAGGCCGCGUCGAUGCCUACCCAGACUUGUGGGUGGCCAGCAUAUGGGGCAUGAUGCGAAUAUCACGAAUCAUCCUGGCGUCAGUCGUGAUUCGGUGUACAGCCUGGGUCUGCUCACCUGUCGACUACCGCACAGCGCCAGAAUAUGCCACAGCGAGGAGAAUAUGUGUGGAGAACAUCACCGAUAUCAUAGCUUCGGUACCCUACCAGCUUGGGUGGUUCAGCACACGAAAGCACCUGUUUCAGCAAGACAGCCUUUCUGGGUUUGCCUGCGGCGAAGACGAUACUUACAAAAGCCUCUCUGGAUACUUUUUAACUUGGCCGUUGGCUUGUAUCCAGGGACAAGACUACACGACUGAUAUCCAGCGGACCUGGGCUCGUGGACGGCUCACCUACAUCGGAAAGCAUCUUGGCGUCUCGUACGCUCUCAUGCUAACUCAGCUCCAAUAUCGGACCCCCUCUAUGCUCAUCAAAAUGGAUGGCACAAUGGCCAACAGUCCGUCUGUCAACGUCGAGAAGCUUCUCUCCAUGAAAGUCGCAAAACCGUCAGAAGUUUUGCCCACGAUGCCCAUGGCACCACAGCUUUUCCGGCAGCAGAUGUUCCAGGGUCAGCCGACUGUAUUGUUGACGCAGCACGCUAUGUCGACGUACGAUGAUACAAGUCCGGAGGGGGAUUGA